CGGCAGGUGCAGCCAACAGCAGCCACGCGGGACGUCAUUGACCCUGCAUAGCUUCACGCGCGCUCCGUCAUCCCUCGGUGGGGAGUGGCUGUGUGAGACGGCUUAGUGGGCACGACCGCACGCACUCCACCGCCGCCAUGGGCUGAACAACUCCCUUGCGCAGAUCCCACACCUCCUGCAACGACCCUCUGCCCGCCAUGUCGAGGUCAGGCUCGGUGCGCUCCACCCACACUGCGCGGUCGUCGGUCAACCACCUCGAGGCCCAGAUCCCCGGCGCCUUCCCGGACCUGCGCUCCCCCAGCCAGGCCUCGCUCACCACCCAGCAAGUCUCGCUGCAGCAGAUCCUGUACAACCGCCGCGACGAGUACACCCGCUCGCGCAGCCUCCGCAUCAAGAUCGGCUCCUGGAACGUCGCCGCCAACAAGGGCACCGAGCAGGAUGUCGGCGCCUGGUUUGUCAAGGGCAAGGGCGUCGAGAAGGCGCUGGCUGGCCUCGGCGUGUCGGAGCCCAAGCGCAGAGAGGAGAAGCACAAGGAGUCCGUCGCAGAGCAGGAGGCGCGAUUCGACAAGCACGCGCCGACGGUGCCCACCGGCGAUUUGGGCGCUGUGCCCGGCGACGACGACAUCGACCUGUAUGUGCUGGGACUGCAGGAGAUCGUCGACAUCACGUCUGCCGCCGAGGCGCUCAAGCCGUACACCGACCCCACCAUAGCUAACAAGUGGAAAAAGUCUCUGGAGGCCGUUCUGCCCAAGGACUACAAGCUGGUCGCAGAGCAGCAGCUCCUUGGCCUGUGGCUGGUCAUCUAUGCCUCGCCCGACCUCUUUCCACAGAUCAAGAACGUCAGCACCACCAGCGUGGGCACUGGACUCAUGGGCUACAUGGCGAACAAGGGCGCCGUGACGGCGCGAAUCGUCUUGGGCGAGACCACGCGGCUGGUCUUCGUCAACUCGCACCUGGGUGCCGGAUCCGACAAGGCCUCUCUCGAACGCAGGAUCUGGGACGUUGCGCAGAUCAACCAACGAACGCGCUUCGCCCCUAUUGUGGACGCCAUGGGCACUUCACAGACUCAGGGCGAGGGGAUCGGAGACGAGGAGUUUGCAUUCUGGUUCGGCGAUCUGAACUUCCGCAUUGGAGGCAUGCCGGGCAACGACGUGCGCCGUCUGCUCACUGUUCAUACCGCCGACAUGGACAAGGACGAAGAACGCCCGUCGACCUCUGGAGACGACGCCACUGGAUCGUCUUCGAAGGACGAGGAUUCGGUCCCACUCCCGCCCGAGCUGGACCCUGCCUCACUGCAGACCACCAUCUCAUGCCUCCUGCCCCAUGACGAGCUGCACCAGCAGAUCAAGUCAGGAAAGGCUUUCCACGAUGGAUGGGAGGAAGGCCCUAUCCGCUUCCUACCAACAUACAAGUACGACGUGGGCAAAGUAGGCGUCUUCGAUAGCAGCGAAAAGGCCCGUUGCCCUAGUUGGUGCGACCGUAUCGUCUACCGGACCCGAGCCGGGAAGCAAAGGUACGACCAAAAGGUCAGAGACGACGCAGAGACUCGCAGGCGGGACGAGGAGAUGAAAAAGAUGGGCAUGGACAUGCCCGGAACGAGCGACGUGCUCUUCGACUACGACCCCGAGACCGACGGCGAUAACGGCGACUACGACGAGUACGAAGACAACACCGCAGACCCAGAGCCGGAGCAAAUCACGACAAAAGACGGUUUCUCCGAGGAACUGCUUCUCGAGACGUACACGAGUCACAUGCGAGUAUUGUCAUCAGACCACAAGCCGCUGGACGCCGUCUUCGCUUUGAAGUUCGACGCUGUAGUCCCGGACUUGAAGGCUGCCAUCCACAGUGAGGUGGCUCGGGAGCUGGAUCGCCAGGAGAAUGAGGGCCGACCAGCCAUCGCAGUCGUAGUCGAGCGUGCAACCGGUUCUUCGCCGAAAGAAGACACCGCGACCGACAGCAGCUUCGACGGUGUCGACUUUGGCGACGUCAAGUUUGCCAAGUCCAAGCGGCGAAACAUCACCAUCGCAAACACCGGCCGCGUCCCUGCCACGUUCGGCUUUGCUGAUAGACCCAUCGAGGAAGACCAAGAAGCCGGGCCUUUCCCUUCCUGGCUCAGUGUCACCUUCGACAAGGAGCCAGACACGCGCUCCAAGUCUGGCCCAGAUGACAUCCAACAUCGCUAUACUCUCGCCCCCGCUGAAGUCAUCAACGCCGAGCUGAAGCUCAAGCUCACAGACGUCGGCUCGGUGCGCCAGCUGAACGACGAAUCCAAGUCUCUCGACGAAGUCCUCGUCCUGCGCGUCGAGAACGGCCGUGACCACUUCCUCCCCCUCCGCGGACAGUGGCAGCCCUCAGCACUCGCACGCACCGUCGACAAGCUGAUCAAAAUCCCCGAGGGCGGCAUCAGGCGGCUACAACACCAGAGUCCGAGCGCGAGCGAAACGGUAAAACGGUCCGCGCCGCACGAAGUGUUCAGGCUGACGGAGGAGAUAGAAGACGUGACCGAGCGCGCCCUCGCAGAGUGGGAAAUGACCAAAUCCUCCUCCGACGACCGCGCGCCCUGGAUGGACAACGCCAGCUGGCCCUUCACCCACCCCACCAUAUCCGCCUGGGACUCCACACACGACUCGGAGCUCGCCGCCCUCUUCGACGCCCUCGACACAGACACCCCCUUCACCCCCGCCUUCGCCCCCGCCACUCCCGGUCCCACCCGCGCCGCCCUCCUCGCCACCGUCCUCCUCACCCUCCUCGCCUCCCUGGCCGACGGCGUCAUCCCCCCGCCCCUCUGGAACGCACUGACCCCCGCCCUCGCCGCCAACGACCGCAAACCGCCCCCCGCCGCCGACGACCAGAAAAUGGCCAUCCUGGAGAUCCUCGCCGCCUCGCCCCCCCACAACGCUACUUUCCUCCUCCUGCUGUCCUUCCUGCAGAACCUCACCGCCCAGCUCACCGCCGCGGGCGCCCCUGCCCCCGACGCGCCGCGGAAGAGCGUCGAGAUGCCGAGUUCCCCGCAGGCAAAGGUUAGGAGGCGCACGUUGAGUCGCACCGCGGGCGUCGCGGUCAGGCAGCUGGUGGUUAGGAAUUACUGUGUGGUUUUUGCGGAUGUGCUGUUUGGGUUUGAGGGGGGGAGGUUGUCGGAGCGGGAGCGCGGAGUGAGGCGGGAGAGGAUGGGGAGGGUGUUGGGGUUGUUUUUGGGGUAGGUGGGUGUGUGAGAUAUACAGAGGGGUGGG